AUCGAGAGAGGGAGAGGGAGAGGGAGAGGGAGAGGGAUCGAGAGAGGGAGAGAGAACGAGAGAGAGGAGGAGAGAGCUUCGAGUCGCGUGGCUCGCACGGCAGUUUCUAUAGCAGCGAGAGAAGCGGUCGAGGGGUCGUAUCCGGGGGUGGUGUCGGUGGUGUCGGCGGCGGCGGUGGCGUCGUCGUUGGCGGCCAUCCGGCUGAUCCUUCUGCCGGUGAUCCUGGCGGCUACAUACCCCGCGGCCGUCCACCUCCAGCCAGCUCUUACCACGUGACAUCGACCAGGGCGAGGGAUCGGCUCUACUCGAGAACCGGCCCGUAUGCCUCCGGGCCGCCGCCCCCGCCCCACUUAGAUCGUCAUCGCGGUGGCCUCCCACCGUCAUCCUGGUCGGCGUACGAGUCGACCACCUCGAGGUACGGCAACGCACCGCCGCCACCCUCGCCUGCCAACAACGACGCCUACCAGGACGAGCAAGGCGGCGGUGGAGGUGGCGGCAGCAGUAGCAGCGGUGCGUUACGACAGCACAAAAAACAGCGGAGAAAAUCGCGAAGCGGAAGCAGCUCGCCGAGUGGCAGUAGCCGUUCCGGCAGCAGCAGCAGUAGUCGCAGCGGUAGUUCCGCCGGCAGCACUUCCGGGGGCAGCACGUCGCCCGGUAGUUCGCCGCACCGCACCGGAAAUGCCGCCGUCACCGAGGACCGCAGGCCGCUCGCUAUAUGCGUGCGUAAUUUACCGGCACGCAGCAGCGACACCUCGCUCAAGGACGGUCUCUUUCACGAGUAUAAGAAGCACGGUAAAAUAACCUGGGUGAAGGUGGUCGGUGCGGCCGGCGAUCGGUACGCCUUGGUCUGCUUCAAGAAGCCCGAGGACGUGGAGAAAGCCCUCGAGGUGUCACACGAUAAGCUCUUUUUCGGCUGCAAGAUCGAAGUAGCCCCUUAUCAGGGUUACGAUGUCGAGGACAACGAGUUCAGGCCGUACGAGGCAGAGCUCGACGAGUACCAUCCGAAGGCGACGCGUACGCUCUUCAUCGGCAACCUCGAGAAGGACGUCACAGCGUCUGAGCUUAGGAAGCAUUUCGAGCCUUUCGGCGAGAUAAUAGAAAUAGAUAUUAAAAAACAAGGCGCUGUGUCGAGCUAUGCCUUCUGCCAAUACUCCGACAUCGGUAGCGUCGUCAAAGCAAUGCGAUCGAUGGACGGCGAACACCUGGGCGCGAAUCGAAUAAAACUUGGAUUUGGAAAAUCGAUGCCCACCUCCUGCGUAUGGGUUGACGGCAUUGGAGAUUGUAUGUCGGAAAAGUACCUGAACAUGCAGUUCCAUCAGUUCGGACCGAUAAAUCAGGUCGUGGUGGAUCGCGAGCGUGGCCACGCUUUAGUCUUCUUCGAGCAAAUCAGCUGCGCUCAAGCGGCCGUGAAGGAGAUGAGGGGUGCGGCCCUUCGCGGUCGUCGGCUUCAGGUCGAUUUCGCUUCCAGAGAAUGCCAGGAGACGUUUUACGAGCACCUAGAGCGACAGGGUAUCGCCAGUGAUAAGACUUGGGACACGAGACCUUCGUCAGCGACCACCUUCGAUGUCUCGAUUCCUUCCAGGCGGGAGCGUAGCAGUUUCGACUCAGGGGUGACGGUGUCAAACUCGAGUAGCAGGUUUACCCGGUACGAGACGCCCCCGAGGUCGAGAACGGCGAGUUACUCCCGCGCUUCUGGAGGAGGAAGCACACCUGGCGCCAGUCCGGCGCAUCCGACCGCUAUGUCACGUAGCAGUAGGCGAUCCUAUCAGGACACCUACUACGACGGCGACUAUAGCGAGCCGGCACCGCGAAGAUUCCGCAGCUACGACGAGUUCAGCCAGGGUAGUGGGGCCAGUCACGACGAUUAUCAGAGCAGCGUGCUCGGCGACGGGAAGUUGAACGACGACGACUGUCCUCCACCGUCGCGUCGCCACGCGGUGCAAAGCGUCGUUACCAGUGUGGAUCCUCCGGCCCCACCGCCCCCGUUACUCCCACCACCUGAUAUCAGACACCUGCAGAAGGAGCGUGUCCAUCUGCUGGAGCAAUUGGAGGAGUGCCACAGCAGCGGCGACGAGGUUGGCUUUGCCCCGAAGAAGCGCGCGAAACUCGACGGCGCGUCCACCACCACCAUACUGUGCGAGGAUGACGAGCCUGAGAUCGCGUCGUUGCUCGUCACCUCGCACUCCAGUAGGAAAGGCAUGGACAUUCGACGGGUUAGCGAUAGUAAGGUGGUGGUCCAUCACGGUACGCGGAGAGGAAGCUGCGAGGGAAGGGGUCCAGGACCUUGCAAACGACGACGCGAUGUUACCAGCAGGCAUCACGAACAUCACGACGGAUCGCGGCCGGGCACACCUCUGGUCGACGAGAGGCCCGAAAACUUGGUACCCAGCGAGCCGAGGCGGUUUCGCGAGAGGAGUCACGAUGGACCCCUGUCGUUGCCAUUGCCAAGAUUCGCGGCUCAGAUGCUGAACAACAACAACAACAACAACAACAACAACAACAACAACAACAGCAGCAGCAGUAGUAACGCUAGCGGUAGCAACAGCAAUAACAGCGGCGGUAAUCGUUCGAGUAGCGGGAACCUCGCGAAAGUGACCAGUCCACCGUGCGCUAACUUGUCCUCGACGGCACCCAGUCCUCGAACCGCACCCCAACCGCCGGCCUCGCCACCGCCUCGUCAUCCCAGCCCGAGUCCGACGAGCUCCGACAGCGAGACCGCUCCCCAAUCACCUAGCCUCGAAGAAAGGAUACGCUCCCUCGACGAGAAGUACGAGAAAUGGUCCGGGUCUAGAGCGCUUAGCGCGGCCGGUGGCGACGCGUUGGCGAAACUCGACGCCACCGCGUCCGAACGGUUCAGGUUUCGUCACAAACUUCUCGACUUGGAUCUACACGAGGUGCAGCCGUCCGACAUCGUCAAGUCGGUUCUUGCCAAGAGGAGCGUGUUCGACGAGGAUUCGAAACGUUUAGAGAACUUUAGCGAGAAGUACGAACCGAGAGAGUUCACUGGCGUGAUAAACGUCAGCUCGAUAAUCGGCAGCGCAAGCGGCCUCGCCUCGAGCGGAGGCUGCACUAGUAAGGUUUGCCUGCAGUAUCCAUUUCCUAGUCAUCCGCCGGUACAGCCGACCAGUAGCGCCUCCACGACCAGUCAAAUCGGUACGGGAACGUCUCUGUCUUCUAGUUUAACGACCACCAUGUCGUCCAUGCUGAAGACGGACCCACGGUCGACGGCGCAGCACAACUGCGUCCAUCCGACACCGGCCACCCCCAUCACGCCUGGUACGUCGAUCAAGACUGUUAGUCCCGAAUUACCACCAGUUUCUCUACCAAUUGGUCUUAGUGGCGGAAUGGCAGCCAGUAGCGGCAAUAGUAGUGGUUUAGCGUCAGCGAGUAGUAUUCUUAGCAGCAACGGUAGCGUAAGUAGUAUUCACGUUCUUGGAGCCUCGACGACACGAGGAUUGUGCGGUUCCGCGAGCUCUUCGUUGGUAGCCGCGGUCACCGCUUCGUCGACGGCCUCCUUCUCGACACCGAUCGCGACGACAGCGGUCUCAACGACAACCACAACUACCACCACCUUGAUGACGACCGUUAUCACGCCGGCAACCACCACCUCCACCGUUAUCUCCACCUCCUUGUCGAGUAAUAGUCAGUAUCAAACUUCCAUGUCCACUACCUCCUCGGUGCUACCGUCUUCCACAACGCCCUCCUCGAAUUCAUCGUCUUUGUCCUCGUUGUCUUCGUCCAGCAACGAUAGCUCUCGGUCUCGUCCGAGGAAGGAGAUCAGCAGCAGUAACCGAGAGAGCAGAGACUCGCGCGAUAGCAAAGACGGCAGCAGAGAGUCGAAAUACAGCAAGGGAAAGGAUUGUCAAAGGAAAUCGCGGAAAGAGGAGGCGGACGUUGAGAGGAGUCGCAAAGAUCGAGAGGAAAAAGACAAUUCCGCCGUGGUGAAUGAUAACGGCGACUCGGACAGUCACGCGAGAGAGUUCAAGGAGAACAAAGAGAUACGUUACGAGAGAAAAGAGAGGGACGAGAAGGAACGAAGGGAGAAGGACGACCGCGAGAGGCAAGAACGAAGGGAGAAAGAAGAUCGUGACAGACAGGAGCGCAAGGAGCGAGAGGAGAGACGAGAAAAGGACGAGGAAAGACGAGAACGAGAGAGGUUGGAUAAAGAACGUCAGGAAAAGGACAAACGAGAGAGGGAGGAAAGGGAACGAGAACGAGAAAGAGAACGUGAACGUGAACGAAAGGAACGCGAAGAGAACGAGGCUAAAGAGAAAGAGAGGAGAGAAAAGGAACGGUUGGAACGUGAAAAACGAGAGAGGGAAGAGAAAGAACGCCAGGAGCGUAGGGAGAGAGAAGAACGAGAGAGGAGAGAGCGUGAAGAACGUGAAAGAAAAGAGCGUGAACUUCGUGUAGAACGGGAAAAGCAGGAGAAAGAACGCCUCAGGAAAGAAAGGGAGGAUCAGGAGAGGCGAGAAAAAGAGGAACGGGACAGAUUGGAGCGCGAGAGGAGGCGAGAGGAGAAGGAACGAUUGGAGAGGGAAAGGAAGCGUGAAAGGGAGGAGAAGGAACGACUAGAAAGGGAACGAAGAAAAGAGAAAGAAGAACGGGAACGAGCCGAGAAGGAAAAGCGUGAAAAGGAGGAGAGAGACAGGCUCGAGCGGGAAAAGCACGAUCGUGAAAAGAGAAGAGAGCGUGAGGACCAAGAGAGAAGAGAGAAGGAAAAGUCUGAACGCGAAAAGAGAAGAGACAGAGAGGAGAAGGACAAAGAUAAGAGGGAUCGUGACGAGAGUAGACGACAACCCACCGAAAAUCAUCUCCAUCAAUCUGUGUCGCAAUCUCAGAAUCAGAUUUCUCCAGCUCCCGUGUCCAUCAAGCGGCGAUGUUCGUCGCAGGAUGGACCGACGGAGGACGAAGCGAAACGUAUGAAAAUUUCUGAACACCGUAGAGACAGCAAAGAUCGGCCUAGACAGAACAGAAGAUCGGAGGAUCGUAAACAUCGCAACGAUUCUCAUCGUUCGAGUCGGGAGAGCAGAGAAUCUCGCGAUAGCAAGGAGAGUAGCGGAUCAACGCAGACCCAGGACGGCAGGGAAUCGACUCACAGCGAAGUAAACAGGGAAUCGAACAGAGAAUCGAACAGGGAGAACAGAGAAAAUCGGGAGAACAAUCGGGAGGGCGGCAAGGAGAAACAACGAAGCAAGAGAAACCGCUCGGAGAAAGAAUCCAGAGAACGAAGCCCAAGAGUGUCCCACGAGUCGGAUAAAGAGUUUCUAUCGAGGCUGGAUCUCUCGAAGCGCAACGAUUCGAACUCGCCGAGCGAGCAGACCACGGUCAGUUCGAAUCAUUCGCGGGAGAUGCAACAGCAUCAUCAGCAACAGUCUUCCCUGAACUUGCACAGCGACGUGGACGAUGGUCCGUUGUCCACUCACGAGAUGCAAGUGGCCAGGCAUCCAUCGGCCACCGACACGGACAGCGACGAGCCGAAGAAGCAUUCCAUCUUCGAUAUCGUCGACGACGAGCCUGCCUACAUCAGCAUGUACGACAAAGUGAAGGCGCGUUCGACGAAGAACAUGCAGAAGCUGGAGGAGGAGAAACGUCAGGUACGCCUGAAAGACAAAUUCUCGCAGCUGAAGCAGAGUCGAGCGAGACGGGAAGAGAAGAAGCAGAGUACAUCGUGGGAUGGCGACUCGGUGUCCAGUAAGGCUCUAACGGAGGACGAGGCAACCUCCGAAUCCGACUCGGCCAGGGCCAAGUCUCUGUCCAGGAAGAGUUCCCGAUCUCGAAUUCAUUCGGACACCAGCGAGGAGGAGGAAUCGUUCAACAACAAGAUUCGAAAGGUGGUGAAGACCGAGAGGUUCUUGGAGAGCGACGUGGAUCUCGGCUUCGCGGAUACCGAAGAGAAGCACAAUCCUCUCGAGACGACCAACGUGGUUGGUAAUAGUGUUCAUCCGAAGGUGAAGGAGGAGCCACGCACGUCCGACGACGACGAGCGAAUCUCCGUUCCUUUCCAUGGAAAUCAUCCGGCGAUCGUGGUGAACAACCACGACAGGGACUCGCGUAAGAAGUCGCAUAAAAAGAAGCAGAAGAGACAGAAGAACUCGAUGUCCAACGAGGAUAGUUUGAAGACCGAUUCCUCGGAGAACAUCGAGCAUAAGAACAAGUCUAACAUCGUGACGAGCAACGCGGACUGUAGACCGAAUCACACGUCGGAGACUAUCAACGUCGCCACGACGCCGACGUCGGGGACCACGGUUCUGGAGAACACGGAGGAGAGGAUACGCUCGGACAAGAAACAACGGAACAAGAAAGAGAAGAGGAGAGACAGGAACGGAGAAGAAAAGGCUAAGGCAAGGAGGAAGAGGUUGAACAGACAAGAAGCCAGAGACUCGCAACGGAUGGAGGAUAUUUUUGGCCCGCUUUCGGACGAGGUUGACGAUGGUCCAUCGAACACGUUCUUCAAUCGAUUAGGUAACAUCGCGUCGGAAAACAACACGUACGCCUCUGACAGUGACGGUGGUCAUAGUCCAGUGUUGGACGUGGAUCGAGUCAGACGAAAGGCGGAGAAGAAACAACGCCGCCAUCAACCCGAGGACGAGAACAGCGUGGAUUUGGCCGAAGCGGGACGGGAAAUCGAGGCGAAGCUUCUCGGUCUACCAAAUUCUCCGAAAUCAGCCGUGGCUUGUACGGAAAGCAACGACCACGACGUGUUCCGAUUCACCGACGACAACGACAGCGUCGAACCAUCCACUCCGUCCGCCAUUCCGGAAAAGAUUAAAGAGAAGAAGAAGAAGAGGAAGAAGUCGAAGGAGGAGCGUAGUAGAAAGGAUUACCAUCAUCACCACCACCAUCACCACCAUCAUCACGAGAAGAGCGGUGAGUUACCCUAUUUGGGUGCAGAUCCUAGUCCUCCCAGAGCCAGCAGUCCAUUAAUUCCUAAGACGAUGUCGCCAACCUUACCAACACCCAGAGAUACUUUAUUGAGCCCGAUUCCCAAAGUGGCGACCAACGUGCCAACGGUACCUUCGAUGACCCCUCCGGUCGUGACUGGCAGCAUUCAGACCUCGAAGCCGGACAAGAAGAAGGACAAGUUCAUUCCUGGUUUCGGUAUGGAGAUCGACGAAACCAUCCACGAGAACGCGGUGAAGAGUAUCUCGGAACCGGAAGAACGCGAGAACAGCUGUCAGUCUCGGAGUGGAAGGGAGGAGCCGGAAGUCGCGGCCCCAACGACGCCGCCCGCUCAAACCGAAGACAAACCACGAGUGGCGAUUUCUCAGGAGGAAACCGAAGACGCUGUGGCCGCGUUGCUGGAAGAAACUUUCGGUGGAUCUACGGAAGACUUCUCCUACGAGGGCGAAGAGGAAGACGCGGAAGCGGAUGACGCGGUAGGAGCAUCAGCCGAGACGCCUCAAGAGGACGUCGAAGAGAUGCAACAGGCUGUCGAGAGUCUGAACGCUUCUACCGGAGAAGGCGAGGCAGAUAUGAAACCAGACACUCCUCAAAGCGAACACGAUCUGCAAAUAGACACCGACACGGAGGAGGAUCCGAAUUACGAGACGUUCGAUUUGACGCAGCCACCCAAAACCCCAGACAUUCCAUCGUUCUAUAAAUCUCCUACGAAAACCGUCAACACCAUCGCACCUGCCAUAGCUUCGACUGAAAAGCCAGUGGAACCUCGCAUAACGUCCAUGACCACCAAACCGCAGAGUCCACCGACCACCGUGAUCGCUCAUUCUUGGAAUCUGAACGAGAAGCCUCGAGAAUCGGCCAAAGCAGCGCCAUUGGAGAGCGUAGAGACGAACGUCAGCGCAGCUAGUCCGGAGAGGAUAGCUGUACAUGCCCAUCGUGCUUCGACGUCUCCACCUCCGCAGUACAAACCGCCAGUUUUGGGCCUGAGCAGCGUGCCCAUCACCAGUGAGACGCCUAGAAUUGCCGCGGCUAGUCCCAGGCCACCCAUCAGCGUGCAAUCGUUGUAUCAGAAACUUCCUGUGUCGCCGCAAUCUCAAAUGGUACCGAUGCGACAAGCUUCUCCUAGAAUGCCAAACAUCUCUGCAGUCUCCACUUCGGCCUCUUCGAAUCAGACACCUCUACCUCCGUUAGUUCCAUCCAGGAUUCCACCUCUGGUACCGUCACAGUUAUCGCCCAGAGUCUUACAGCCUCUGUCGCCCAACGGACAGUGGUCACGAAACUCUGCUCUGAGUCCUCACGUGCCAUCCGUUGGGAAACCAUCUCCACCAUCGGCUAGAAUCGCAGUGAGCGUCUCUGUGUCCACGCAGAGGUUGGAAUCACCAGGUCAGAUUUAUUCCACAGCUGCUACUCAGCAACCGGUUAUCCAGCACGCUCCGGGUAUGAGGGCUUUAGCGCCCAGAGGAGGUUUGCCGCCGUUGACGUUAAAUAUUCCACACCGUCCUUACAUGCCCGUUCCACCGUUAGCCCCGGGAGUCCAAGUGAAGAGCUCCAGGGACUCGACCUUAGGCGGCAAAUCCGUGAUCGAAACGUUGCUCCCUGUGAAUCCGAACGAACCCUCGCAACGCCUGGAGGAGCCUAAACUCUCGCCAGCUGUUAUUCCAGAGCCCACGAACAAAGCAUCGACCUCUCCGAAAGUUCCUUCGCCAAAUCAGCCGCCCACGUACAUUCCCGAGACGGCGAAGAUCGAAAUCAAUGCCAGUACGUCCAGUCCAGUGUUCGGCAAGCCGACUUCCAUGGUGGACACCUGCUCCCUGUCGUCGAGAUCUCAGAAACAAAUUCAAGGGCCCAUCACGACGGACAAUAAUCUACUCUCGCCGAGGCAGAAGCAGGAGAUAUCGAGUCUUCAGCUUCUAACCACGCACGUUCCGCGUUCCUCUACGCCAAGUCCUGUAAUAGUGACCCAUGGACAGCCUCAUUUGGUUCACAAGUCUGUGGUGCACAGUAUCGGCGCGACGGCUGUCUCUUCGGCCAACCAACCGUUGAUCAAGACCGUUGUACCGAUAGUGUCGCAGCAGAUCGCGUCCACAGUAACCGUUUCCGUGGCGGAAGAGAAAUGCGUCACGUCGUUGCCUUUGAGUAGCAGUCAGAGGCACUCGCCUGUCUCCCAGAGUCAACCAUCGAAGCUUCACAUUCCGUUGGUCUCCACCGUGUCUCAGGCCAUCGUAAGCAGACCUGUACCUUCCACCAUCUCUUCCGUAUCAGCGUCUCCGCCUAACGAACAGAGCACGGAGUGCCUAGAACCGCGCAUACCAGCCGAGCAAGAAUUAGAAGUGGACGCCGAUGCACAGAUGGCGCAAACAGCUCAGCCCAUGCAACUAACGCCGCCGAUACAACCCACUCAGCCGAUGGACAUCAUAAAGGAAGAACCUCUUCCGGAGGUAAAGCAGGAAGAGACGACGAUGAAAGAGGAAUUCCCUAAAGCCGAGCCUGAACAUCCUGUAAAUCAAGCCAGCCCGAAUGCAGACACCAAACCUAAAGUAGAGCAACAGCCGGAUCCGAUAAAAUCAGAGAAACUGCCAUGCGUACCGAAAUCCGAGGUUCCUGAUAAUCUUCUCGUUCCUAAGCUGGAAAUCGAAGCAACCGUGAAAACGGAGCCUGUUACAGAAAUCAAGAAGGAGGAAAUUGUGAAGGAGAACGAGGAGGCGGAUAUGGAAGAGGAACCAGCGGAGGAUCCACUGAAAGAACCCAGCAGUGAUCCUCUGGCCAUUGAUGUUUGUAAAGAAGAUCCAGCCGAUAGUAAAGAAGACAGCGAUUACUGGUCCGCGAAGGAAGUUAACAUCGAAAGCGUUAUAAAGAAGGUGGACGCGCUCUGUGACGGAGAAGGUAACGACGACGGUGAUGACGAUACUCAACACAAUCAGAACACCAGCAGCGAGACGCUGGAGCAGUCGAAGAACAACGAGUCCGACUGGUUCAGCGCCGACUCGACGGCUGAAGGCGACAAUAAGAAGAGCUUUACUUCGAACGACGAUCAGGACGAAGGCGUGGAGACCUGUGAAAGCGAAUCGACCAGGAGUCGUCGUGGCAGAACGAAAAACAAACGAGGGGUCGGCAGUCGUGGCGGAGUGACCACCAGACGAAGCAGCAGGAACACGAGCGUUGCGCAUAGACGAGGAGGAAGAACGCCUAGAGGAAGCAAGCACCAUGUUGAGAAGAAUAAAUUGCCGGCAGACGUUUACGAAUUCCACGACGAUAGCGAAGAAGACAAUGCCGGACGUCCUCGAUUGAUUCUCACGAUCAAGUCUCCGGUGCCGAAUCUGACCGGUCCCAACGCGCAGCCAGCGACACCCAUAGCUGCGGUGAAGGAGGUUCCACCGGAAGAGUUCGUCUCUCCUGCCGCGAAUACGAGGAAGUCUAGAAGGUUAGCCGAGAAGGAUGGCAGUCGAAACACCAUCGACGAUGUGAUAGAAUACGUGGUUCGUGGAUCAGCAACGAAGGGAAUGGUCGGUGGUAGCACGGGCAGCGGUCACGCUACCAGAAGGAGCACCAGGCAUAACAAUUCUCCUAAGAACGUACAGUCUACCGUACAAUUGACCGAGCACAGGAAGUCACCCAGGGGCGCGAGGAAAUCGGUGCGACGAACUUCCGAGAACAAUGACGAUAGCAGCGAGGAGAAGGUGAAAGAGGCGGUACCACCUACGCCGCAGGAGCUUCAGAACAAGGAGGAGAUUGUUCCUCCUCGGGAAGAAGCGCCAAAGGUUGAGGAACCAAGCCAGGUUGUUGCUUCGUCACCGACACAGAAGCCAGUCUCGCACGAGCCGAUGACGUUGAUCGACCCAGUGACGGGAAUGUUGAUACCUAUGAGGGAGUCCGAGGAAGGUCAGUACAUUCCAGUUUCCACGAGCUCCGGGCAAAUGCAAGCCGUCCCCAGAGCCGCGUGUGACUCGCGAAGCGCAGUUGGACAAACCGCUGGAAUGAUCAACGCCAGUCCAAGCACGAGCGAGGUGCUGCGUGCGAAACCGCCUCAACCGGAAAAUCUGACGAUUUCCGAGGAGCCUAAAAAAGAACAAACCACCGAACCGGUUCAAACUCAACAGAUUCAGCCGCAGACCAGUGUGAUCACUAAACCGCAGUCUCCUGUAGUUCAAGUUACCACUGCCGUCAGCAUGGUCCAGUCGACGACAACGUCCACCUCGGUCACCUCCGUGGCCGUGACCACGGCAGCGACACCGCAGAUAACACCCACUUGCUCGACACCGUCGAAACCUACGAGUUUGAAGGCUCACGUGUUGAACGCCAGUAAAUUGGCGGCACCUGUGCAACAACAACCACCGCCACCUCCGCCACAGCCGGUCGUCAUUACGAAACCAACGGUCCCCAGUGUGCCAAGUCAGUCCGUGGUGCAGAAUAUCGUAAAACCAACGCAGCCUGUCCAAGGACUUCAUCUGCAGAUACCUAGCAGUCGAGUGGUGUCUCCCAGUUUGAGCCCACGCGCGAAACAGCCACCUCAGAUCAACGCAGCCAACGGAAAGGGUCAAGGUCAACCCAUGUCACCGGUUCUGAACAACACCGGUGUCCCACCGAAUCCUAAGCAACAUCUGCUGCAAGCAGCCAAACAGCAGGCAUCCGCCAUAGUGAAUCUUCCUCAGAAAUUGCCUAUCAACGUUCAUCCACCUACCGUGGCAACCACCCCCACUCCGAGAAUUCAUCAACCAGUUACUCAAUCCACCGCCCUGAAGGGUAUAAAUGGUCAACCGCAUCCACUGAAUCCGAAGGCUCACCUGCUGCAAGCUGUAGUACCACCGAUGGUCGCCGGUGCUGUAGCCAGUCCACCUACUCAGCCUCAUCUGCUGAAUCCACAACCUGUUGGAGUCAGCUGUUCCAGGCCUCCAGCACCGAAACCACCGGUGACAGUAACGAUGGAACCACCAAAAGUGGAGGUGUCGAUGUCCGGCUGCAUCAUGGUGCCAACCGCGAGUCCUCAGGCACGAGGAGUACCCAUAACAACCUAUGAAGGACCAUUGCAUGGGAGUGCUGGUGCUGCUCCGUCACCAGGGGGCCAGUACGGACUUGUCCCCCCGCAUCGAUCCCAGAGUCCUCCAUUGCCCCCACCUGCCCAUCAUCAUGCUAAUGCUUCUCAGGGCGACGUUGUGAACCAUUAUGGAGGGCUGGCGAGAGGCGCAGAACUGCCACCCCAUUACAUGCAUCCACAAGUUCUCCAGUAUCAGUAUUUGCGUGCACAGCAAGAAGCCUUAACAGCUCCGCGCAUUGCGUACCACAUUCCAGGAACUCGAUCUCCUCAUCUACCGUUAGAUCCAAAACUUGAAACUGGCAUAGAGGAUAGCCACAGUCCGCCGUUAGAACUGAGACGGGGCACAAGAACGCCUCAGGACCGCACCACCGACAGCCCCCAAGUAGCUCAAGUUUACGUAUUGCACGGUGGAACUAGAUUACCACCCCCGCCGCCGCAGUACAACGCGGGAAGUAAUCCAUCGUUAACGGGUGCACCAGCAGCAGCCAGGGGUGGAUUUUACGAGCCUCCACCGGCUCACGUGCGUUCUCAAUAUCCGAUCGCUGCCAGCGAAGCACCUAGCGACAGAGCCAUCACCCCAGACAGACCCAGAAAACACCAAGUGGUCACUCCACCGCACGUUUCCCAAGUACCACCGCAAGCAGACUCGUUUCAGAUGUUACUGCAACGUUAUCCAGUCAUGUGGCAAGGACUGUUGGCCCUGAAGAACGACCAAGCUGCUGUACAAAUGCAUUUCGUUUUCGGUAAUCCAAACGUAGCCAGGGACAGUCUACCUUGCAACAGCGAUGGCUCCACUCCACCUUUGAGAAUCGCUCAGAGAAUGAGACUGGAACAGACUCAGGUCGAGGGCGUGGCGAGGAAGAUGCAGAUGGAUAACGAACACUGUAUGCUUCUCGCUCUUCCUUGUGGCCGAGACGAGGUAGACGUGUUACAACAGAGUAAAAACCUUCAAACCGGAUUUAUAAUGUACUUGCAACAGAAACAAGCUGCUGGAAUUGUCAACAUUGCUGCACCAGGAUCGCAACAGCCUGCAUACGUAGUCCACAUCUUCCCGUCGUGCGAUUUCGCGAACGAGAGUUUGGCAAGGAUCGCACCAGACCUGUUACACCGUGUCGCGAAGAUCGCCCAUUUGCUCAUCGUAAUUGCCACGGUUUGAGGCCAACCAGUGGUCUGCUGGAUUAUAAUCUACCUAUACUUCUCGCCUUCAAGCACUUGUAGGACGCUUCGCACGUGGCAUGAAGCCUGGAGUGUCCCAACGACAAAGUGCAGCAUCGUACAAGAAAAGAGGAGAGUAUUCUGGAGGGGAAUGAUCUCUCCCCCAGAGAUAUAUUAGUGACAAUCAAACGGAUCCCGGCGCUAAUCGUGCCGACUUCUAGAUCGUAAGGCCUAAAAGACGAGGUACGGGGUUGUGUUACGUCGAAAGGGAGGCUAGCCACGGUCAAUGCUCGCAAAACAUCACCGGGCAUGCCUUUCUUCCCGAAAUCAUUUGGCGAGGGCGAGAUCAUUCGAAGAGUAAUAAACCCCCAAUGACUCGCAGUACGCCGAUACCGCUGACGACGUUUGUGAGAUCGACCGACGUCACUCUUGGUCUUUCUGACAAGCGAGUCAGGCACAACCCCAGCCCUUAGCCGAAGACCUUCGAUUCGAACCACGCGAUUUCCUCACGAGAACGAGAGAAAGAAAACUAUAAGGAUACGAAACGAAACCGCAUUUCGUAAAACUCUUUAAAGAAACGUUCGUCCCUCCUCUAGGAAAACAGUAAAACAUAAUUAUUAUCUACCGUUGCUCUAGAUGGACAGUCGAUUUCGUAAAGUAAGAAGAGAAUUAGAUGAAAGAAAAAUAAAACCAGAGGAAUAAUGAAGAUGGUAAAUAAAAGCUAACGUACCCCUACCACUAUACACGAGCUAUUUUAAGUAAGGCUUAGGUAUUAAUGAUACUUGUAUAAAUUAUAAGCGAGCCAGCAAGGGCAUAACUACUGUGAUUUUAAUUAUUUAACGAUAUAUAUCUCUGCGUAAAGACGAUGAUAAAAAACAAAAAAGUGAAAACAUAUAAAACGAUGACCGAGUCUGGGUCCGCGCGGUAUGUGAUGUGUUUUUUGUAUAAUACUGCUCUAUAUAAAUACCUAUGUAUUAUAUUAAUUGUAACAAUAGUUGCUGCCGCCGCUGUUGCUGCUGCCGCUCGUGUCGAACUAGAAAGUAACGUUAGGAUCCUAGACCUCUAGCGAAAACGAAAAAAAAAAAAAGAAGAAGAAGAAGAAGCAAGUAAAAAGUGUAACAAAGGAGCGAAAGGACUACCGAAAAUAAUAGUGUUUAUCUCUAGUGUAAUAUAAUUUCCCGCAGCAGGAUGUAACAUAUUAUUAUCGUGAUUAUCAUCUUAGCACUAUGUACAUUAUAAAAGAAGAUUUUUAAUAUUCUUA